AUGCCAGUCGGAACGAUCCCAGAUGUCUCCCUUGCUGAGGUAGAUUUCGUGUACGCGGCGCUCGCGUCAGGCAUCCGCGAGGAUGGCCGAGCAAUCGACGAUUUUCGGCAGCCCAGCUUCCGAUUUGGCUCCAGUUGGGGCAACGUGGAGGUGACACUAGGGGAGACAAAGGUUCUCGCGGCCGUCUCAUCAUCAGUUGUGACACCACGUGACGGCAGGCCGUACGAAGGCUUUCUGAACAUUCAAUGCGAGCUUGGCGCAAUGGCGGGCGCUCAAUACGAUCCAAAUACACGCUCCUCAUUGGAGGAGGAAGCAAGAUUCGAACGGGUAUUGGACAAAACACUUCGACGAAGCGACGUAGUAGACAAGGAAGCUUUGUGUCUCGUGGCUGGAAAACAGGUUUUCGCGAUAAAUCUUGCGAUACACUUUCUCAAUGGAGCAGGCUCUCUCAUCUCCGCCGCUGUCCUUGCCGGUAUUGUCGCCCUACGACACUACCGUCGUCCCGAUUUCACUGUUAUCGGAUCGGACGUGACGAUUCACUCACCCUCCGAGCGAGUCCCCAUCCCGCUUGCAAUGCAUCAUCUUCCGUUCUCUCUGGAAUACGCGCUAUUCCGCUUGCGCAGUGCCAAAGCCGCAACGUCAGGCGCGACGAAAGGAUCGGCGGCAAUGGGCGAAGGGCGCGUCGUUGCUGUGCCCGAUCCGAGCCUAUUGGAAGACAGGCUGGCAGAAGGGGUCUUCAUCGCCAUCCUCAAUGCGCAUCGAGAAGUGUGCGUUCUUGAAAAGGGAGGAGGCGCGCCCAUCGAUGCGGACAUGGUCCUUGCGCUCUUGAGCCGCGCGGCCGUGCGUGUCGAAAAGCUCCACGAGCAAGUAGAGAUAGCCCUCAAAGACGACCUCAAGACGCGAUCGCUCGCCCUUGGCGCAUUCUAG